AUGGAAGAUAUUCCAGCGGAUGUUGAUUCUGAUGGUGAAGACCGUCGUGAGCGUAACGCAUAUGAAAUUGAGGAAGCAUUAACCCAGUUCGAAGACGAGCCUCCUAUUCUGCACAAUUAUACCCAUAAUCUGAUGAUGAUGAAGAAAAUGAAGGAAGCUGUCUUGAACCAUGCUCUGAGAACUUGCCGGAAUAUAUCGCAGUAUAAGUAUGAUAAGACUAGGGUUGUGUUUGAAUGUAAUGGCAAAGGUUGUUCAUGGCGCAUAUAUUGCUCAGUUCCGAAGAAUAGUACUAGGUGGCAGUGUGCGAUGUUAAAAGACAAUGUCAUUGCUCGACUAUUUCUUGAUAAGAUCCGUGAAGAGGAAGAGUACUUCAUGCCAAUGAAGAUUGAACAACUGAUUAUGGAGAAAUGGAGGAUAUGUGUGACAAGAAAUCAAUGCCAGCAUGCUAGGAACAAAGCAUUGAGAUGGAUUGAGAGGGAGUAUGCACAGCAGUUCUCACGUCUGCGUGAUUAUGCGACUGAGAUAGAGCAUUCAAACCCUGGAUCUUCAGUGGAGGUUGACUGUAUAACAAACGAGGCAGGAAGCCAUGUUUUUCAAAGGUUUUAUGUUUGUUUCAAUAAUCUUAGGAGAUCAUGGAAAGAGAAUUGUCGGCUUCUUAUAGGAGUUGAUGGCUGCUUCUUGAAAUCAGUUCAGAAGGGUGAGUUGUUUGUUGCUAAUGGGAGAGAUGCUGAUAACAGAAUUUAUCCAAUUGCAUGGGCUGUAGUUCAAAUGGAAAACACAAAUAACUGGGCAUGGUUCUUUCGUAAGAUCAAGAUCAAGGUUGACUUAUGUCCUGGAGAUGGGGAUGAAUAUGUUUUGGUGUCUGACCGUCAAAAGGGAUUGCUCAUUGCUGUGAAGGAGGAGCUACCUCUGAUAGAACAUAGAAUGUGUGUCAGACAUAUUUACAUGAAUGUGAAGUAUCGACAUGGAAAGAUGCCAGAGCUGAAGACACUGAUUUGGCAUCUCGCUUGGAGCUAUAACUUGGCAGAGUACAAAGAAAAUUUGAAGAAGAUUGAGGAUUACGAUGAAGCUGUAUAUGCUGAUGUGAUGAAAAUGAAGCCAGAGACUUGGUGCAGAGCAUUCUACAAGCUUGGACCAUAUUGUGAGGAUGUGGAAAACAACUCUGUAGAAUCAUUCAACAACUCUAUAGGUAAAGCCAGAGACAAGGCUUUAGUGCCAAUGUUGGAGACCAUUGCAAGACUUGCAAUGGUUCGUAUAGCCAAAAGAGAAGCUAAAGCCGAUGGCCAUCAAGGCUUAACAACUCCAUAUGUGAGUAAGUAUUUGGCGGAACAGAAUGAGAAAGCUAAAGAAUGCAUUGUCCAACCUUCUACCAAUAAGAUGUUUUUAGCUAUAGUCGAUGGAUGUUCAUAUCGAGUCAACUUGGAGCAUUGGACUUGUACCUGCAGAAAGUGGCAAAUCACAGGCAUUCCAUGUGAACAUGCAUAUGAAGUCAUAAUUAAGAGAGGCCUUGAAACUCAAGACUAUGUCUGCAAGUGGUUUAAGACAGAGAUGUGGAGGAAGCUUUAUAUGGAUGGCAUUGUUCCAGUUAGAGGUGCCCGGUUUUAG